GUCGUUCGCAUCGUUAGCUCUGAAUUCGAGUGUAUUGUGUUUUAACUUUUAAAUUUUGCACCAUAAAAAUAAAUAUGACCGAGUUCAAGACGCCUAUUAAAAACAAAGCUCUUGAUGUGAACGACAAGAUCACAAUACCUCCGUCGCCGUUUUUAAACAGGCUUGGAUAUGGAACGGGUGUGAAUGUGAUGCAGCUCGUGAGAUCGCCACGUGCGGGACAAAUUCGUUCGCCAUGGGCUCUUAAAAUGCUGAAUAAACGCGUCAAACCGAAUCGAGUGUACACAGACCGUUUGAAGGCAGAAGCUGAUCUUUUGCAGCGAAUGUCCCACCCGAACAUCGUCGGGUUCCGUGCGUUUAGCAAGGCCAAGAUCCUGUACCUAGGAAUGGAGGCUUGUGACGUGUCUCUGGGCGAUAUGAUUGAGAAAAGAAUAGAGGAUGAUGGUGAAAUAUUCACUCCGAGACAAAUAUUAAAAGUUGCAUCAGACAUAUCCAGUGCUCUGGACUACCUUCACACCAAGAUCCAGAUCCUGCACGGAGACAUGAAGUCUUACAACAUCCUGGUGAACGGAGACUUUGUGAUCUGCAAGCUGUGUGACUUUGGAGUCACUCUGCCACUUGAUGAGAAUGGAGUGGUUGAUAAGGUGAAAGCAGGGAAGGCUGUAUACUUCGGUACGGAAGCUUGGAGUGCCCCAGAAGUGAUCCAUGGAGGAGAGAUAUCCAGCAAGACUGACAUAUGGCCGCUCGGCCUGACGCUGUGGGAGAUGAUGGCACUCAUGCCUCCUCACACGCAGACAGAUGAUGACUCCAUGGAGGACAGUGUGCAAUGUCUUGAUGAUUCUGUUGAUAGCAUCGGUGAUUACUUCUCCGAUAGAUAUGGCACCAGACCACUCAUACCUGUAAAUAUAUCAGAGAAGCAGUAUGUGCAUCCGCUAGCUCUAUUCUACUGCUGCACAGAAACCAUGCCUUCCAUGAGGCCCUCAGCCCAGCACCUGUCCAUCGCAGCCAAAGAUAUGUUGGAACAGUGUGACCAGUCUAUGAGAUAAAUAAGUAUUGCUAGUAUUACAAGUACCUUAUUAGUUUUAUAAUAGAGAUUUAACAGUAGACUUGCUACAAUUUCGUAUUUUACUUGUGUUUUAAUAGUAAUUAUUUUUUGUGUUGAAAUAAUAUUGAUUAUGUUUGACUCCCCUGCAGGGAGCGGGAUUUUAUGUGGAUUGUCUUUGAUUAAUUAUGAAUUUAUGUAUGUAAUGAUAUUUUCAGUGUUAGUAUUGUGAGUUUAAAAAUAUGAUGAAAGAAAAAACAGUAUUGUAAGUAAAUCAUAUUAUUAAAAAAAAAAACAACUGUACUGUUCAUAUAACAUAACAACAAUGCUGAAACUUAUUCUAAACCGACACGUAUUAUGCUAUGUAUUAAUACAAUAUACAUUAACUAAGUUAAAUAA